AUGAUGUGUGAAGUGAUGCCCACGAUUAAUGAGGACACCCCAAUGAGCCAAAGGGGGUCCCAAAGCAGUGGCUCGGACUCGGACUCCCAUUUUGAGCAGCUGAUGGUGAAUAUGCUAGAUGAAAGGGACCGUCUUCUAGACACCCUUCGGGAGACCCAGGAAAGCCUUUCGCUUGCCCAGCAAAGACUGCAGGAUGUCAUCUACGACAGGGACUCGCUCCAGAGACAGCUCAAUUCAGCCCUGCCACAGGAUAUCGAGUCCUUAACAGGAGGUCUGACUGGUUCUAAGGGGGCUGAUCCACCGGAAUUUGCUGCACUGACAAAAGAAUUAAAUGCCUGCAGGGAACAACUUCUAGAAAAGGAAGAAGAAAUUUCUGAACUUAAAGCUGAAAGAAACAACACAAGACUGUUACUGGAGCAUUUGGAGUGCCUUGUGUCACGACACGAAAGGUCACUAAGAAUGACUGUGGUUAAACGGCAAGCCCAGUCCCCCUCCGGAGUGUCCAGUGAGGUUGAGGUUCUCAAGGCACUGAAAUCUUUGUUUGAGCACCACAAGGCCUUGGAUGAAAAGGUAAGGGAGCGACUGAGGGUUUCUUUAGAAAGAGUCUCUGCACUGGAAGAAGAACUAGCUGCUGCUAAUCAGGAGAUUGUUGCCUUGCGUGAACAAAAUGUUCAUAUACAAAGAAAAAUGGCAUCAAGUGAGGGAUCCACAGAGUCAGAACACCUUGAAGGGAUGGAACCUGGCCAGAAAGUUCACGAAAAGCGUUUAUCCAAUGGUUCUAUAGACUCAACUGAUGAAACUAGUCAAAUAGUUGAACUACAAGAACUGCUUGAAAAGCAAAACUACGAAAUGGCCCAAAUGAAAGAGCGCUUAUCAGCGCUUUCUUCCCGAGUGGGAGAGGUGGAACAAGAAGCAGAGACAGCAAGAAAGGAUCUCAUUAAAACAGAAGAAAUGAACACGAAGUAUCAAAGGGACAUCCGGGAGGCCAUGGCCCAGAAGGAAGAUAUGGAAGAAAGGAUCACAACCCUCGAGAAGCGUUACCUCAGUGCCCAGAGAGAAUCGACCUCCAUCCAUGACAUGAACGAUAAACUAGAAAACGAGUUGGCAAAUAAAGAGGCCAUCCUGCGGCAGAUGGAAGAGAAGAACAGACAGUUACAAGAGCGUCUUGAGCUGGCUGAGCAAAAGUUGCAGCAGACCAUGAGAAAAGCUGAGACCUUGCCUGAAGUAGAGGCUGAACUGGCUCAGAGAAUUGCAGCCCUGACAAAGGCUGAAGAGAGGCAUGGAAAUAUUGAAGAGCGUAUGAGACAUCUAGAAGGUCAACUUGAAGAGAAAAAUCAAGAACUUCAAAGAGCUAGGCAAAGAGAGAAAAUGAAUGAGGAACACAACAAAAGGUUAUCCGACACCGUGGACCGCCUUCUGACUGAGUCCAAUGAACGCCUACAGUUGCACCUAAAAGAAAGAAUGGCUGCUCUAGAAGAAAAGAAUGUUUUAAUUCAAGAAUCAGAAACUUUCAGAAAGAAUCUGGAAGAAUCUCUACAUGAUAAGGAAAGAUUAGCGGAAGAAAUUGAAAAGCUGAGAUCUGAACUUGACCAAUUGAAAAUGAGAACUGGCUCUUUAAUUGAACCCACAAUAUCAAGGACUCAUCUUGACACCUCGGCUGAAUUGCGCUAUUCGGUUGGGUCCCUCGUGGACAGCCAGUCUGACUACAGAACAACUAAAGUAAUAAGAAGACCAAGGAGAGGCCGCAUGGGUGUGCGACGAGAUGAGCCAAAGGUAAAAUCUCUUGGGGACCAUGAGUGGAAUAGAACUCAACAAAUGGGAGUGCUAAGCAGCCACCCUUUUGAAAGUGACACAGAAAUAUCUGAUAUUGAUGAUGAUGAUAGAGAAACAAUUUUUAGCUCAAUGGAUCUUCUCUCUCCAAGUGGUCAUUCUGAUGCCCAGACUCUAGCUAUGAUGCUUCAGGAACAAUUAGAUGCCAUCAACAAAGAAAUCAGGCUAAUUCAGGAAGAAAAAGAAUCUACAGAGUUACGCGCUGAAGAAAUUGAGAACAGAGUAGCUAGUGUGAGCCUGGAAGGCCUGAAUCUAGCGCGAGUGCACCCGGGGACCUCCAUCACUGCCUCGGUGACAGCCUCCUCGCUGGCCAGCUCGUCGCCCCCCAGCGGACACUCAACGCCCAAGCUCACCCCGCGAAGUCCUGCCCGGGAGAUGGACCGGAUGGGGGUCAUGACCCUGCCGAGUGAUCUAAGGAAACACCGGAGAAAGAUUGCUGUGGUGGAAGAAGACGGUCGGGAAGAUAAAGCAACAAUUAAAUGUGAAACUUCCCCUCCCCCUACCCCUAGAGCCAUCAGGAUGACUCACACCCUCCCUUCUUCCUACCACAACGAGGCCAGAAGUAGUUUAGCUGCCUCCCUUGAGCCAGAGAGCCUUGGGCUUGGCAGUGCCAACAGCAGCCAAGACUCUCUUCACAAAGCCCCCAAGAAGAAGGGAAUCAAGUCUUCAAUAGGACGAUUGUUUGGUAAAAAAGAAAAAGCUCGACUUGGGCAGCUCCGAGGCUUUAUGGAGACUGAAGCUGCAGCUCAGGAGUCCCUGGGGUUAGGCAAACUUGGAACUCAAGCUGAGAAGGAUAGAAGACUGAAGAAAAAGCAUGAACUUCUUGAAGAAGCUCGAAGGAAGGGAUUGCCUUUUGCCCAGUGGGAUGGGCCCACGGUCGUCGCAUGGCUAGAGCUCUGGUUGGGAAUGCCUGCCUGGUACGUGGCAGCUUGCAGAGCCAACGUGAAGAGCGGUGCCAUCAUGUCUGCUCUGUCAGACACGGAGAUCCAGAGAGAAAUUGGGAUCAGCAACCCUCUGCACCGCUUAAAGCUGCGAUUAGCAAUCCAGGAGAUGGUUUCCCUGACGAGCCCUUCGGCUCCUCCGACGUCGCGAACUCCGUCAGGCAACGUCUGGGUGACCCAUGAAGAAAUGGAGACUCUCGCAGCUCCCGCAAAAACGUGUCCGGUUUUUCUACAGACCCUGGCUUAUGGAGAUAUGAACCACGAGUGGAUUGGAAAUGAAUGGCUUCCGAGCCUGGGGUUACCUCAGUACAGAAGUUAUUUUAUGGAGUGCUUGGUAGACGCAAGAAUGUUAGAUCACCUUACGAAAAAGGAUCUCCGUGUCCAUUUGAAAAUGGUGGACAGUUUCCAUCGAACAAGUUUACAAUAUGGAAUUAUGUGCUUAAAAAGGUUGAAUUAUGACAGAAAAGAACUGGAAAGAAGGCGAGAAGCAAGCCAACAUGAAAUAAAAGAUGUGUUGGUGUGGAGCAAUGAUCGAGUCAUUCGCUGGAUCCAAGCAAUUGGACUUCGAGAAUAUGCAAAUAAUAUUCUUGAGAGUGGUGUGCAUGGCUCACUUAUAGCCCUGGAUGAGAACUUUGACUACAGCAGCUUAGCUUUAUUACUACAGAUCCCAACACAGAACACCCAGGCCAGGCAGAUUCUUGAAAGGGAGUACAAUAACCUCCUAGCUCUGGGAACCGAGCGGCGCCUGGAUGAAAGCGAUGACAAGAACUUCAGGCGCGGGUCCACCUGGAGAAGGCAGUUCCCGCCCCGUGAAGUGCACGGAAUCAGCAUGAUGCCCGGGUCCUCGGAAACAUUACCGGCCGGAUUCAGGUUAACCACAACAUCUGGGCAGUCAAGGAAAAUGACAACGGAUGUUGCUCCUUCAAGACUGCAGAGGUUAGACAACUCCACUGUUCGCACAUACUCAUGUUGACAAGCCACUCAAAGGAGGCAGCACUGACUUGCUAUGUCGUCUUUUCAGUCUACCCUACCUAAAGUGCACUACCAUCCAAGAAGAGACGCAGUGAACACCUUUGUGAAGACUGAAUUCUAAGGAAAUAACCACAAGUAAUGGUUUAUUAAACUGAAAAUGUGAUUCUGGGGGGAGUCAGAUAUUAAGUUUGAUUAGUUUACUACAAUUGUAAGAAAAUGCUUAAGUCAUUUGAAUAAAAAACAUCAUCCACAUCAUAAAUUCUGUACAACAGAUGCUUUUAUGAAAUGGAGCCACUUGUUUUUCAUGUUUUAUUGUAAUAUACUAGGCAUUUAUGUAUGACUGUGCAUUUCUUUUUAAAUGUGUCUUAUGUAAAUGGAUAUAAAUAUGAUUUUUCUAAAAAUAAACUAUAUGGUUCAUGGAGUCUCAAGUGCAAACAUUUGACAAUACCAAGUACUGUUUGUAUUUUACCAUUCCACCAUUUUUACAGUUUUUGGAUUAUAACAGUCAAAUUGGUAUGUUUCCUGGAAGCAUGUUUCAUGCCUCCACCUGUGUCACCUUCAAGUCUGUCAAUACUUAAAGCUGAAAACCUGCCUCUGAUCAUGUAAAAAAGAAUGAUUUAACCUGGAACUGGAGCCAAAAAUAGACCUUUCAAGGCAAUCAGGGAUGUCCUUUAUCUUUAGAAAUAGCACUGUGACGGCUCGAUCUCCUUUUCAGUACAAAACAAAGCCAAACUGUUUACAAGAGUCAAAACGAUUAUUUAAAAAAAAAAAAAUUUAUAAAGAAAAAACAUUAUCUUCUCUUGUUACCUGUGGACCAAUAAAAAAUUUUGUUUUCUUUACUAAGAACCACAUGUUCAUUUAAAUAUCUUGAACCGCCAGCCAGCACUGUUCAGUGAAUGUCAACCACUGCGAAGUCCCAGGCUCAUUUCCACCGAAGAAAACAAAACCCCGCCCGCCCCUUUCUCAGCGUAACAGGGCAACUGCCAGACUCUCGUCUAACGGCAUAAGCUUUCAGCCGAGAUGGCCUUGUUUCGACUUCCCUGAAGUCAAUCUUAUCAGAGGAAAUAAAUGAAAGACAGAAUGAUUAACAUAUAUAGUGUAUAAAGUAUAGAAGAGUAAUAUCUUCCCUGUGGCUUUAUUUGGUGGUGUUAAUGUUGUUUAUUCUUCGUUUAUAUGGGAGAGUUCAAAGUAAAACCUAUUUAAAAAUACAUUUAUCUAAUCUGCUGACUUUCUGCUGUUUGAUCUGAAUAAGCGCAAGACCUGUCAUUAGUAAUUUCAUUUUUGUAUUUAAUUUGCCAUGUUAGCACGUACAUUACAUUUGUUUUGAUGUCUAUUUUUCUUUAAACAGAUUCAGUCAAAAGGUAAUGGUAACAGAAUCCAAACCCUCUUUGUUGUCAAUAAAAAAAGAAUACUUCCA